AUGAGGAGGCGUGAAUGGAGUGUCGGUUCGAGUGGGGGCAGUGGCGCCAAGCUGGGUAGGGGGGGAAGCACCAGCAGGGGCGGCAGCACGUGCAGUGCGUGUAGUGCACUUAGCGCCCUUAGCGGAGGUGGAGCAGGUGGAACAGGUGGAAGUGGUAGUGCAGCUAGUAUCCUCUCCCGAACCAACUGCACACCGACGGAGAAAAAAAAAAAAAAAAGUGACCUCAGGGGAGCUCCUUCCACCCUGUCCACGAGGAAAGCAAGCACGACGGGUGAGUCCCACAUGGGGAGGGUACUUAGAACAAGUCUACGCGUAAGUGUGAAAAAAAAGCAGGGACCACAACUGACACGGAAGGUUGCACCGAAGGUUACACCGAAGGUUACACCGAAGGAAGCGCAAAAAGGUGCGAACAAAUUAGUACAAGUGUCACCGCGAAGGAGAACGCAGAAGAUCACCUCCCUGUCGACCUACUCUCACAAGUAUAGGCUAAGCAAAACGUGCAGCCUGAAGAAGAGCUGCCAAAAAAAGAGGAAUACCAGCACCCCUCGAGGUAGUAGCAACUGCAGUGAGAGACCAAAUGGGCUAAUAGAGGAACAGCAAAAGUGUCACGUUUAUUACCACCGUGGGGUCCCGAAAGACAUGAAUGGGGAGGGCGUUACUGGUGGUUCGCACCCAGGUGAUGUUCCCAAUUGGGACGAACUGUAUAGCUUCUUCCCGCAUGUAUACAACCGUGUGGACAGUGAUGACAGCAGAGGGAAGGGGACCCCGAGUGGAGGGGUCACUCAUGCACCGGGGGAGUACCCAGAAGGGCAGAUCUGUGAAGAAGUGAAGGAGGAACCAUGCAUUCAUGAGACUAACUUAAUCAGAGAAAAUACGUCAUUUCAAUUCGCGGGAAGCAACUCCAACGAGGAAGACAGGGACGGAGAGGUCCAUCCCUUAGGGAAAGGAGACACAAAUGGGGAACUCUCCAAUGACUACAUAACUUACAAGCAGUACGUUUUGAAAAGCAACUCGAAUGGAAGGAGUAGGAUGGAGGGAGGACGCAUCAACUGGGGAGCCAACUCAGACAGGAUUCACUUUUCACAUCGGGGGUACUGCAGUGACGGUGAAGGGGUUGCAGGAAGAGAGGGAAUUAUUCAAAAUGGAAAUGUGAGUGAAGAUCUGUGUGGUCAUCUGCGUGGCGACGUGGAUGGUUCCCCCUGGGUAGAUAUAAAGAGGGAGGGUGUGUCACCUACCCACGGGAUGAAAAACUCACCAACUCACAGACGAAACGAUAAAUUGGAAGAAGACUCCAAGCAGGACAGACACCAUGCAUGUGCAGUUAACGGUAGUCAUUUGAAAAGUCCCUCCUUCGACAUGGAUGGGUUAGACGACGUGCACUCAAAUUUUGCAGAAUCCUUUUCUAUCAAGCAUUUGCCAGAAGUACCAAACGAUGUGGCCAUUCUUUGCAGCAGUGACGAUGAUUCUGUUGGAGGUGGGCAGCAUGGGUGGCGUUCGUCCUUAACGGGUGAACAAUCAAUGCAUGAAGGAGGUGGUGGUGCCACCGGAGGAUACUGCAACUGUUCGGGGAAUGAUGAGUCUGACGUUUACGCAGAGGGGAAAAACCAUUUUCGCAAAAUGAUCGAUCCAAAUGGGAACGUCCUUAAUGAUGAUUGUUACUCAAAAUGGGUGGGUCUUAUGACAGACUCGAGUAGGCACUUUGGGGAGAGUGCACCACUGUCCCAUUCGGAUAACUACUUCUGCGGUGUGACCACGGAAGAUCAGCCUGCAGGUGACAAUGCCGAUGGUGAUGACCUCCUCGGUAACGCUACUGACUGUGUGGACCCCCCUUGUUGCGUGAGAGAGGAACUCCAAAACAGCUACUCACUACAGAGACCCCAUUUUAGUAACCCCCUUUACAGCCACAACAGCGACGCGUCCAUAAUGCACAUAGACAGUCUGGAGGAUGUGCCAGGCCCAUUUGAAAAAAUAAAAAUGCACCAGGGGGAAAAGUGUGCAGACAGUCCCUACGUCGGUUACGUCAUUGAAGAGAAGAACACAAUGGAAGAGGUUCACCAGGUGGACGACGCAGAUAUGAGGAGCGCUUCUUCCUGUGAAGAAUCCUUGAAGGGGUCACCCACACGCUCACACCGACAGACACACGAAGAGGAGAUGACCAUCCCGUUGAAGUCAACCAGAAGGGGAGAAAACCACUACCCAAGUGAACGUAAAAACAACCUGCGUAAUUGCAACGCAUCGGAGGAGAUGCCAAUGAGUUUUUUCCCUGGUAUGUUCACCCCCCAUGGGGAGGACUACCCACAUGAGGUAUGCGUCCAGCUGGGAGAAAGAACCGACAGCAACAUAACGGACUACCCAAUUCUAUCCCAUUCGUUACACAAGUCGUUAAACAAGUAUAAUCCUUCCACCGGUGGUGACCGAUUCGAUGACCGAUGCGAUGGAGAGCUGAUCCCGGGGGACACUCGAAGAGGAGACACAUACGCAGGUGCUCAUUUGCAUUAUGUGUGCAACUCGUUUGGGGAUCCAAAGGGGGAGGGAAUUCUAACUGAAGCAGACCCAUGUUCUUCCUAUCGUAGUGCUAACGUGAGAGGUAGUAACGGUGUAAUGGGUACGGAGUCCAGUGAGGAGGUCCCCCAGAAUAUGGCAGAUGAACGUCCAGGCGGGGAUAGGUUUGCCGUUGAGUUGUUAUACUCUUCUUCAACGUUUAGGAGUAACACCACAGAGGGGAGCAACGAUGCUGCAGGGGUGGUUGUUGCACAGGUGGAUGGUGAACAGGUGGAUGGUGAACAGGCAGAUAGUGCAGGCGUUGUUGCACUGAUUCAUGGUCGUCGUAGCGACCCACUUGGAAAGAACGGCCCCAUUGCAAAAACGGAGGCAGCAAAUCACUAUUCACCUGAACACGUUCAGGCGGAGAAGACGAAAAAAAGCAGCUCCUUCGUCUUGGAACACGACACCAGAAGCAAACCAGGGGGGAUGUUUUCCAUUUUUAGAAGUCGCAGCGCCCACAUGGUGAAGGAGCCGAAGCGGGACUGUCCAAUCAAGUUGAAUGAGACCACCCCUAUAUGCAACAACGAAAUGAGUAGGAAGAAGAAUCGGUCGAACGGACUGGCUAAAAUGAAAGGCAUCAAUUUAUCUGAACAGAUAGCGUUAGAGGGGGAGCAACAUGAGGGCGGUUCUAACCGCUUAGGGGAAAGGACCACCACGUUGGGUAAACUCCCCAAAGGAUGUGCCCUCGCUGGUGCAACUCUCCCAAAUGAAAAUGGCGGGAAAAAAAAAAAAAAAAUUUUUAAGAGCAAACUGUUGGAGGGGUUGAAAAGGCUGAUGAGGAAGAACGACACCAGUCACUAUGGUGAACCUUACCCGGUCGGCCAAAAUGUUAAGGCACGCAGAAGGAGGAUAAACAGCUACCACGAGGAGGCCAUAGCGAGUGAAGAAAAUAUUUACAGAAACAGGAGAAGCGCUUCCGUAACUGGAACGAGCACAUGGAAAGAGAAGAUCAGAAGAACAUUAAUUAGCGACCGAAAUGGAGAGGACCCCAUCACACAUGACGAAUACCUACUUAGCGUAGAAGGAAGUCACCAGAUGAGGAGCGAAUCGGUUGGAGAGGCACACCUAGGGGGGUCCAUGGGAAAUGUGUGCGAAAAAGAAGAAGCUAACAGGAAUCAUGAAUGCAUAGAGGGAGGUCUCCCAUUUAGUCAGGACAGGAGUGAGCAUAAAAGAAAGGAAGGCCUCAUCUGUCAUGCGAAUAAUCUGGUGGACCGUUUUGAAUUCCCUAUGGAGUUAGAGGGUGCCAUUAGCUCCACCUCCAGCUGGAACGAUAACUCCUCCUCCAGGGGGGCCUUCGAUUAUAAUAAAAUUGGUUCUUCGGAAAGACGGGAGAAGGGAGACGCAUCGACGUUUGAAGGGAUGUCUCGUGUGGGCAAGUGUGGUGAGGAGAACCCCCACGUCUGUAACGGGGACGAAAAGGUAGACCCGCAUUACAGGGAGGAAGAAGUCACUGUCGUGGGAGAUAACGUGGACAGGGAAAAUUGUGCAUGGUCCAACGAUUCUGCUCAGACGAAGCAGGACCUGCAGUCGAAGCAGAGUGAGGAAGUGACGGUACUAACCCCAGAGACGACAAGGGGAAAAAGCACAUACGCAGAAAUGUGGAACGAAGAUUGCGCCCGUUUUAAGCCUCACCAUGUGGGGGAACACACCAGCGGGAAUGAGACGCUCAAUCAGGAGAAUGCAAAGUUAACUGGACUAAAUGAGACGCUGAGUGUAGAAAAUGCAAAGUUAACUGGACUGAAUGAGACCCUGAGUGAAGAGAAUGGAAAACUGAUUGGAUUGAAUGAGACGCUAAGUGAGGAGAAUGCAAAGCUGGUUGGAUCGAAUGAGACCUUAUGUCAGGAGAAUGCAAAGCUGAGCAGCGAAAUGGAAGAACUCAAAAGGGAAGAGGAGAAGCAUCGGAGAGAAAACGAGCAACUUCAGGAGGAACUGUCCAAGCUGCGUACCGACAUGGAGGAGGCGAAGGAAAAGUACCUCACAGAGCUGUCCCAACUUCGCACCGAUGUGGAGAAAGCGAGGGAGGCACGUGACGUGGAGCUAAACUUAAAGCUGAACCUACAGACAGAGCAGGAAGAACUGCUGAAAAAGUGCGAACGACUGGAAAACGACAAGGAAGCCCUAACAACGGAAAAAAUGAACAACGUGCUUAAAAUGAACAAUUUAAAGGAGGAGCUGAACAGGCAAAAUAAAUGCAUGAAUGAAUUAAGGAAAGAGUUAAGAGAGAAGGAGGAAGAAAUAGUGGUCUGCAGGGGAAAGCUAACCACGAUGGAGAAAACACUAAACGAAACGAAUGCAACAGUGGAAGAACUGAACAGCCAAAUUGAAGUCCACGUGGAAAAUGAAAAAAGUAAUAAAAGGAGAGUAGACAUGUUGGAGGAAGAGGUGCAGAAAUAUAGAAAACUAACAGAACAGCUGCAGUGUGCAAGGGAGAGUCACCAAGCCAGUGGAGAAGAGAGCAAAGGUGAUAACCCCCCUGAUGAAGAGGCAACUCAGAGGGAACCUCCCACAGAUGAAGUACCCCAAGGGAAGAACCUUCUUGCAAUUUACCCAUUAAAAGAAAAUCUGGAUGAAAAAUUGCAACAGAGUAACACCUUCAUUGAACUGUUAAAAGGACGGAAGGGGAGCUUUAUCCAAAGUGGGGACGACAAUGAGGCAGAGAAGAAACUUCCCCUUCAGGAACACCAACUUUUAUGCGACGAGAUUGAUGCCCUAGGGGUGGAUGAACUGAAGGGAAGGUGCAAGAGCUUGGCAUGGCAAUGUACUCAGCUGAUUCUGCAACUGGAUAUAUGCACUAAUGGUAGUGUGGAAGUGCCCCCUGAUUUGGGGAGCCAGGCAAAGAGUGUAGAACAAGAAGGAGGGAUUAUAAACAAGCAAGGUGACUCUCCAAGGCGAGAUGGAAAAGACGCAAUUGCUAUGGCAGGCUGUACAUAUAAAGCGUCACCGAAAAUUGUCGCAAAACAUCUGAUGGCUCACUCGAACGAUUGGUGCAAUUCCAGUUUUAAGGAGAUCCUACGAAGGACGUCCGAAAUUGCUAAGCACGUAGAUGCAGUUAACACAAAACUGUGCCGCUUGGAGGGGAAGAAUAGUAACUGCUUGGAGGACGGUGCAGACCACUCCGAGUGUCUCGUUUUGCUAAACUCCAUUUCUACAGACAUCCUUUUGAUCAGUAAGAAUGUUUCGCUGUUGGAGGAGGUGGCCAGGGUGGACCCUCAGGAGGGCGUCCAACCGGAUUGGCAGUCAGAUGAUCAGCCAGAUGGACAACCAGAUCUUCAUGUGGAAGACCGACCGAGUGACCUCCUUAACUCCCGCCCAGACGAUGAACAGAUCACCGCUUCACCAGAGGAACCAUCCCUCCCUACGCAACUGCCUAACGAAGAGCUACAAAAGGGAAGGAAUCACUCAGAAGGAAUUGAAUUCAAAUUGGAAGAAGGUCGACCCCCCCCUGAGAGGUACACUUUUGGCGAUGAAAAAUCGGAAGAUGCAAAUCACCUGACAUGUUCAGAAAAUUUUGUCACCUUUUUUGAAAUUUGUUUUUCAAGCGAUUUGUUUCUGAUUCUGUGUCAUGUGUGCAAAGGGGUCCUCGAGAUGAGCACGUGGGCGAGGAAAGGGGAGGAGGAGAACUGCCUUCGGGGGGUGCACAACUUGGUUAACUGCGUAGCUGAAAUGGAGACUCUGUGCAGAGAUGGGGACGAUCAGCGGGGGGAGCUACAUGAACCCUCCAACGAGCUCAUCCACUUGCUGAGAAGACACCUACAGAGAUUAGUCCAACUGACGAAGAAGGACAACUGGAGGAAGCGCACACACGAAGUGAUGCAUGCAUUGUGCGACCUCAGAAAAGUGGUGCGAAUUGUUUUGUACUCCUUUUUAAGUUUCCAUGGCGUUCACUCGAAAUUCUUUGUGGUGGAUGGGCCGAAUGGGGAUCUGCUCCAUCCAGAUGAUGCCCCACCCAAACAGUUCAGUAAGACCCCGAUGGAAGGGGAAUGUCACUCGAAGGACACUCCACAUCGGUUGGUUAGUUCCCUUUUGGGAAUGGAGCCAUGCGGCAGUAGGAAUGUAAAAGUGGGAUCGAAGUUCGGGAAAACUCACCCCAACGGGGAGGUGCUCCGAAGUGAUACCGACGUGGAGGAAGAUUUGGCCGAGGUGAACUUGGACCACCUUGCCAAGCGGGUCAUACAACACAACUACAACGCUCACGUCGUUCCGUGCCUAAUUGCUUACUAUGCAGAUGAGGUCAUUCUUGAGAGAUGCCUCACAGGUGACGGAAUUGACAGCGCCGUCCAGAGGAAGGACGACUUUGCCACCCAGAUGAGCAACUACGCCACAGACAUCUUUAGAAGAAUAUCAGAACGCAUGAAGUGGAAUGAGCUAAUCAUUAGUGCCGACUCCUUCGCAACCUAUUUCGAUGAGGGUGCACUAAAGUCCAAGUUGACAGACAACCUCGUCAUGCAUAAAAAUAAAAAAAUAAACAUCGACACGGUGUAUGAGCAUUUGGGGGUUCUUUUCCGGAGAAAUGGUCCCACCCGUGGAUGCGAUGGUCUCUUCGGUGAGUACUUUAGAAUUGCAAGCUCAUCAGUUUUGUGGCAAUCACUCAGUUACAGGGCCAGUUCUGGGGGAACUCCCCAUCUGAGCAGCGCCUUAGAAAGUGCUUGUCUCUCCUCCAGUGUACCACCCCGCAAUCUGCUCAAUCGCAACAGAUUGGUUCAAAUAAAAAGCGCAUCGUUCACUGGGAAGGGUGAAAUAAGAAUACACAGGAAGAGUCCCUACUUUGAUGAUGUGGCCCCCCCUUUGAUGGAAUCUCCAAGUAGGCAAGUAAACCACUGUAAUGAUGAGGCCAGUUGGGAAUACCCACUGAUACGUCUAGACAACGAGUGCGUAAGUGCUCUCUUUCACAUGUGGCAUGCGAUGGAAAAAAAGUUUUUUUUUAAAAUUUCCAAAAAGGGGGAAGGAACUGCGGAGGGGAAUCCACCUCCUUGUAUACAAGGAGAAGAACCCAAACAUGGGGAUACUAGCAAAGUCAAACCUUACAAAGGGGACCACACGUCAACGAUGGAUACUUACCUGCGGUCCAUGGUAUAUGACACCUUCCAAUGCAGUGACGGGAACAAACAGAUAGGGGUGAACAACUUCAUUUUUUUGUUAAAGCAGCUGGGCAUACAAGUGCGGGACAGCGAGCUGCACUCCUUGUGGUGCAUCCUGACUGGGAAGAAGGAUGUCAAUAAAGCAAUGAAAGAAACCAUCCCAGUUUCCACGUUUGUGAAGAAGGCCUACUCGACAAACCCCUCACUCGUUUUUUACGAGCAUUGUAAGGCUAAGGUGAAGUUGAGGGAGGCCGAACAGAAUUUGAGGCAUUUGAGGCGCUACAAUAAGAAACUGCUAUUGCUGGUGAAUAACGCCCAACAGGUGAAGCAACUGCCCUCUGAGGGGUGCCGCGUGACAUACGCAGUGUGA